AUUUCCAUUACCAUGAAAGGAGGGAGCACGGAGAAGCGACCCUGUUCGUUCAUGAAUCCUGGAAACAGGGCAACUGAAAUUUUUUAGAGAGAGAGAGAGAGAGAGAGAGAAAUUUGGAUUUCAAGAGCUUGAAGAUAACGUAACACAAUCCCCAUAAAAAUUUAUUCGCUUCUAACAAGAUUUCACUUGUAGAGGAAAUUAGUGUUGUUCUUCGUUCUCAUGGGGUCAUUAUCAGAAUCAGAAAGCGAUGUAAAUAACAGGAAGCCAUAUGGAAUAAGAUUUCUAGAGUGGAUUAGGAAAAAGCCUCUUUCGUAUAAGGCACAUCAAGCCACUGUUCUACUUGUGACAUUCUUGGCAUAUGCUAAUUACCAUGCCUCUCGAAAAACUACGAGCAUUAUCAAGAGUGCUCUUGAUCCGCUAUCUCCUGAUGGAGGCUCCAAGUUCAACCAAUGGAAUACGAGUCGAUCAAGUACGAGACGAUUGAGUACACGGGUUGAGAGAACCAAUCUUUGGUCGCUGUCUAGUGGUGGUUGGGAUCCAUUUGAUGCAGUAGAAGGGACAUCUUUACUAGGUGAGCUUGACUUGGCUUUCUUAGGUGUAUAUGCUGGGGGGAUGUACUUUUCAGGCCAAUUGGGAGAUAGAACGGAUUUGAGGAUAUUUUUAACUGUGGGAAUGUUGGGAACUGGUCUGUUUACUUCGCUGUUUGGAGUAGGAUAUUGGGCAAACAUCCAUGUCUUUUGUUACUAUUUGAUAGUUCAAAUGCUUGCUGGUCUGUUCCAAUCCACCGGCUGGCCUUCGGUCGUUGCGGUGAUCGGUAACUGGUUUGGAAAGAGCAAGAGGGGACUAAUAAUGGGUAUAUGGAAUGCUCACACAUCUGUUGGCAACAUUUCUGGCUCACUGAUUGCAUCAGCCUUGUUGAGCUAUGGUUGGGGUUGGUCAUUGGUUGUCCCUGGUCUGAUCAUUGCGUUAUCAGGUUUGGUAGUGUUUCUGUUUCUUCCUGUGAAUCCCGAGUCGGUUGGAAUCGAUAAAGAAGGAGAUGGCUUGAGCUCUCUCAAGAAAGUUGGAGAGGGAACUACAGUACCUCUAUUGAAAUCAGCAUCAGAGAUCGAGAAUGCGGUCGGUUUUAUGGAAGCGUGGAGAAUUCCUGGUGUUGCACCUUUUGCAUUUUGCCUCUUCUUUGCCAAACUGGUGGCUUAUACAUUCCUUUACUGGCUCCCUUUCUACAUUAGCCACACAGUUAUCGACGGGAAAUAUCUGUCGAGUACCACAGCCGGGAACCUUUCGACAUUGUUUGAUAUGGGAGGAGUAAUAGGAGGAAUUCUAGCUGGCCAUAUUUCUGAUCGCUUAGGUGCUAGAGCCAUAACAGCUGCUAGUUUCAUGUACUGUUCCAUUCCUGCUCUCUACUGCUAUAGAAACUACGGUCACAGCUCCAUAACCAUGAAUGUAGCUCUCAUGUUCAUCACUGGCAUGUUUGUCAAUGGCCCAUAUGCUCUUAUAACAACCGCCGUCUCUGCUGAUUUGGGAACCCACAGUUCACUCAACGGGAAUUCUCGGGCGCUUGCUACUGUGACGGCGAUUAUCGAUGGUACUGGCUCGGUUGGGGCUGCGAUUGGACCCUUGUUGACGGGAUAUUUAUCGACUAAAAGCUGGAGUUUGGUGUUCGUAAUGCUGAUGAUCUCAGCUCUAAUAGCUGGGCUGUUUUUGACAAAGCUUGUAAUCGCUGAGGUGAACGAAAAGAUCGAGGAGUCAAGAUCGAGAGGAAGGAUUACAACCAGGGGUCCAGUACUUGAAGUGUGAGCAUAUGCAACGACGACAACAACAACAGCAGCAAUCGUAGGUCCCAUUGUAUUUAGCCCAUGUUUAGUUCAUAAGAAGGUUUUGAACGCUGCAUCUGAAUGGUGGUCGUUAGUGAAUUUUCCCUUUUUUUUUCGAGGGGUUCGGGGAGACAAAGAGCUCCUCCAUAGUGUGAUUCGUCCCGGGAGAGGAUUUUGUUACAACUUCUCCAUGAUGAUGUGUUGAAUAUGGUGAAAGAAAGUUAGGUUGGUGUAAGAUUAUUGUACAUAAUUUGUAUUCGUGGUAGGCAGGUCAAAGUUGUUGAUCCUCAAACACCAUGUAAAAAUGUAUAUAGUAAUACACUUUCAUCCUAUGAUUUUAUUAAAUGAAACUCAAAAUC